AUGACGCAGGAACAUGAGAGAACAGCUAGAACAUUAAGGAAAAGAUCCAAAACUGUAUUAAAGAAGAUGGCUGGUCGAGGACUUGUGCUGGCGGUGCUGCUGUUGGCGGGGCUCGGGGUGGAGGCGUCAUUUCUACGAGGGAACAGAGGGAGGUACCGAGCCCCCAAAUGUCCCACCAAGUACCUCACUACCUACGAGACGGAGGUGGUCGAGCAGCCCGUCUACCACACCGUGAAGGAGACGCAGACCGUGCCCACCACCGAGUACCGCACCGUGCACCGCACCGUCACGCGGGUGGAGGAGCGGACCCGGAAAGUGCCACAGUACAUCACCACUACCACCUACCGCACCCUGUACACCACGCACACCGCCUACAGCACCACAGUGAGUGUGCAGUACUCCCCGAGCUACAUCACCACCACCACCUUCGUGCCCUCUUACGUCACCACCACCGACGUGUCCUACGUGUACCAGACGCAGACGCUGUAUAGGACGACCACCUCCAUAGAGGUGCAACCUUCCUAUGUCACCACCACACACGUCACCACGCAGUACCAGACGCAGGUAACCACGCAGUACCAGCAGCAGUACGUGACAGUCACUACCACGCAACAGUCCUACCAAACAGUCUGCCCGGACCCACCCCAACAACAGGGCUACGGAACCUCCCCACAGAUCCCUCCCGCUCCUGCACCACAGCAAUCCUACGGCGCCCCAGAGCCACCACAGCAGUCCUACGGCGCCCCUGAACCACCACAGCAAUCCUACGGCGCCCCAGAUCCCCCACAGCAAUCCUACGGUACCCCAGAUCCCCCACAGCAAUCAUACGGCGCCCCAGAACCACCACAGCAAUCCUACGGCGCCCCAAAUCCCCCACAGCAAUCCUACGGUGCCCCAGAACCACCACAGCAAUCCUACGGCCCCCCAAAUCCCCCACAGCAAUCCUACGGUGCCCCAGAUCCCCCACAGCAAUCCUACGGUGCCCCAAAUCCCCCACAGCAAUCCUACGGUGCCCCAAAUCCCCCACAGCAAUCCUACGGCACCCCAGAUCCGCCACAGCAAUCCUACGGUGCCCCAGAGCUACCACAGCAAUCCUACGGCGCUCCAGAACCACCACAGCAAUCCUACGGUGCUCCUCAACGCCCACAACAAUCCUACGGCUCCCCUGAACCACCACAGCAAUCCUACGGUGCUCCUCAACGCCCACAGCAAUCUUACGGCGCCCCUGAACUACCACAGCAGUCCUACGGCGCCCCUGAGCCACCACAGCAAUCCUACGAUGCUCCUCAACGCCCACAGCAAUCCUACGGCGCCCCUGAGCCACCACAGCAAUCCUAUCUGCCUCCUCCCCGUUCGUCUUCACACAGGUCCUUAGAGAAGAGAUCACCAGGGAAGGAUCUUUUUGGUAGCUUCGUCCCAGCUAACGGGGCGGGGUCCUUCGCGGUGCACAAGGGCGCUAAAAGGAAGAGGGAGCUGGAGGAGGAGGAACUGAAGGAGGUGAAGAAGGAAGGAGUGUAAGAAUCGAAGAGGAAGGACGAUGCUAAGGAAAGAGAAUGAAGGUGAGGAGUUGGAAGUGAAGGAAGAGGAGGAGGAGGAGGAAAGUAAGAGCAAGAAGAGAAAGGAGGAAGAGGAGGACAAUGUGAGGGAGAAGAAAAAAAGUAUGGAACGAGAAAUAAAAGGAAAGGUGGGGGGGGAGGGAAGAAAAAUGUUAAUGCUGGGUGGAAUGGACGGUGACGUGUGGCGGCAAAUUGAAACGACGCGCUUUUGUUACUGGUUAUAUUUUUGUAUGUUCGUAUUUGCCUGUGUAUAUUUAAGUGUUCUCCA